AAAACAAACACGAAAACCACGGUAGCGGAAACAACUAUUGCUGUCUCAACAGCGACAUCAACUGAAGCGCUCUCGACCACAACGAAACCCACUGAUGCAAUCUCGACGUCAAAGAAACCAACUACUGUUAUCCCAACCUCAUCAGCAGACUCGACCAAGCCAGAAGAUAUGGCCACAACCUCAACCAAGCCAGAAGCUACGGUCACAACAUCAACAAAGCCAGCAGCUACGGCUACAACCUCAACCAAGCCAGCAGCUACGGCCACAAUAUCAACCAAGUCAGCAGCUACGGCCACAACCUCAACCAAGCCAGCAUCUACGGCCACAACCUCAACCAAGCCAGAAGGUACGGCCACAACCCCAACCAAGCCUGCAGCUGCGGACACAAGCUCAACCAAACCAGCAGCUACAGACAAUACCUCAACUAAGCCAGAAGCUACGGACACAACCUCAACUAAGCCAGAAGGUACGGCCACAACCUCAAUCAAGCCAGCAGCUACGGACACAACCUCAACUAAGCCAGAAGGUACGGCCACAACCUCAAUCAAGCCAGCAGCUACGGACACAACCUCAACUAAGCCAGAAGGUACGGCCACAACCUCAACCAAGCCAGUAGCUACGGACACAACCUCAACUAAGCCAGAGGCUACGGCCACAACCUCAACUAAGCCAGCAGCGACGGUCACGACCGCACCUACA